CAUUUUACAAAUGGUAUGUCCCACACCUACCCCUAUAUAUACUGGUGCCAGUCAGCUGAUUGUUACAUUGCUGCUAACUGUGUCCAGUAAAAUGCCUUUGUGUGGAGGACUCGGAGCUGCCAAGCCCGCUACCCCGGAAGUGCAGGCUGUUGCUGACUCGGUGAAAUCAGAACUUGAAAGUAAGUCUGGGAAGAACUUCAGCCAUUAUGAAGUAAUUGAAUUCAAGACUCAAGUAGUUGCUGGGACGAACUACUUCAUAAAGAUACAUGUAGGAGGUGAGGAAUAUAUUCACGCAAGAGUCUAUAAAGCUCUUCCUCAUGCUCAGGAAAAACUGACCCUCUCGAGCUUCCUGGAGUCCAAAACUAAGAAUGAAGAAAUCGUUCAUUUCUGAGCAAAAGAUGUUCGACCAAUUACAAAAGGAUCUCUGUAACCUGGCACCUUUAUUAUCCCCCAUUAGAGGGACCUGCAAUGUACUGCUGGCUACCCAGCUUUCUCUCCCCAUACAGUGAUUCAUUUUUAAAUCAAUAAUGGUCAAACACCUGGGUGCAUUUAUCUGUUGGCAACUUUGGGAAAUACAUCACUGCCUCCAACUUCAGGUGCAUUCCCCAAACCAGUAGAUUUUAUGCUAUGUGUUUCUUAUCUCUUCAUUUUCAUCAUCUAACAGACCAGCUUAUUUUAUAAAGUCCUUCCAUUUGGAGUUUCAGAAACUUUAUCUUAAGUGCAAAUGUUUUGUUAAUCACUGUUCUGGUUUUACAUUUCCAUAUGUGACUUAAACUUUUGUAUACUCCCCUUACCCUCUAAUACAGUUUAGAUCUGUUUCUAAAAUGUUAUACUUGCUGCAACUAGAUCAUGCUUCUAGCUAUUAAGCAACAGUGUCAAUAAAGAACAUUUUGGUUA